AUGGGAACCAUCGACAUCCCUCCCCGCCGGCAGCACCAGCUCCUCCUCUCCCGCUCCCCGACCGCUGCCGCCUUCUCGAAAUUCCUCCCGUGCAACGACGCCGACGACUCCGACGACGAGCCCUACGCCUCCGACCACUUCCGCAUCUACGAGUUCAAGGUCCGGAAGUGCAGCCGGAGCCGCAGCCACGACUGGACCGACUGCCCCUUCGCCCACCCGGGCGAGAAGGCCCGGCGCCGCGACCCCAGGCGCUUCUGCUACUCCGGGCUCGUCUGCCCCGAGUACCGGAAGGGCCACUGUGGGAAGGGCGACGCCUGCGAGUUCUCGCACGGCGUCUUCGAGUGCUGGCUCCACCCCUCCCGCUACCGCACCGAGGCCUGCAAGGACGGGAAGGCCUGCAAGCGGAAGGUGUGCUUCUUCGCGCACUCCUCCCGCCAGCUCCGCCUCGUCCCCGACCCUGAACUCGCCCCGGACGACAAGAGGAAAUCUUCCACCCAUUGCUGUGCCUACUGCCACCAUGACUUGAAGUCGUCGCCGACUUCAACCCUUAUGGGCCACAUGGCCCAGAACAUCUCCCCGCCUAUGUCGCCCCUAUACAGGGGCGACAUAGGUAAUGACAUGGGUUUUGGGUCCUUGGACUCGUACAAGGAUGCGCUCGCAGAGCUCAUGGUCUCGUUUGAGGCUAUGAGCCCGAGCGAGGCGGUAGGCCGCCCUCAGGGCGGCCUGCCGUGGCUGGAUGUGAAUUUCAAUGUGGAGGAGCCACAGUUUGUGAUGUCGCCGUCGACUUCAACUCCGGUGAGCCGUGGACAUAGCAAAUUCUAUUCCGGGGAGAGCAAGUUUAUCCAAGGAGAAUAUUCCGGUAGGAAUUUGAUGAAUGAAAGCAGGUUUAAUGCCGGUGAGGGUGUCUCCGGUGGGCCGGAUCUCGGGUGGGUCAAUGAUCUGCUGACAUGAAUGGUAGUUAUCGGGAUCGCGCGGGUUCGUGAUCCUUAUCCUGAUUUAUAUAUGAGGAUGUGAUUAUUUUUGUGGAAUUGUUGUUUAAAUUAGGUGUCUUGUUAAUUAAGUUGGGAAUUU